AGCUCAUGGGACGAGGAAAGGGGGGGGGCACUGUGCAACUUGCUGGACGGGACUUGAUGCUUGCAUUCAAUCAGAAGCCAAGCAAGAAUAAACCUGAAGGGCCGCUGGAAAUAAAAGGAAACUCACCAAAGACCCUCACACCUCGCUCUGCAGAGAAGUAACACGUUACUGGGAGAUGGUUACAAAAGGCUGAAAAGUCGGAGAACAUAAGGAAAAGGAGGGGAAAAAGCUGGACCGUCACUUCCAAGAGACAAGUCAAGGGAGCUGUUAAUGCAACAUGAUCCAGUUGGUCUUGCCCUAAAAAUACCUCUGGACAGGAGAGUGGCAGCUAUCUCUAUCUGCUUAAUUACCUGGUAAUCAACGAUUUUCUUCUUCUUCUUUUGACAACAGCUGAGGUCAGAGAACAGCAGUUUGAGAGGAAUUUAUCCACAGCAGAAAUGCUUCUAAACAUUUUCAUUUGGUUUUCCUAGUGAAAGAAAGUAUAGAUGAUCUUAUAUUCAAAAAUGUGAAAGCUAUGCUAACUCUAACGUAUAUGUAGCUCACAGACACUAAUGCCCUGACUGAAUUGUGGUUAAGAUUACUACAGGAGGGCCCAGGCAGUGUUAAAGUCAUACAGUUUAGUCAGUUACAGGAUCUACCGAAUCAGUUCAACCAUGAGAAAAGCAGAGGUGCAAAUGACCCUGAAAAAAGGGGCAGAUGAAGCUGUGGCGCCCCCAAGCCCCAUCAUCCCCCCAAAACGGUCCAAAGCAAGCCCAGAGCAAGUUGUCCCAGAACCUCGAGGACCUGGUUUUCCCACCCCAACUCCGCCUGUCUUUAUACGUAAAAUGAGGAACGCCGCCGUAGGGACGGGCUGUGACAUCCGCCUGAAGGUGACUGUGGCCGGGGACCCCCAGCCCUCCCUGUACUGGUACCACAACGAUGACCUCCUCAACAUGGAGAACCAGGAGUACGGAGGACUUUGGAUUAGGGAUUGCAAACCCAGUGAUGCUGGCCUCUACACCUGCAUUGCCAAUAAUCACCUGGGAGAGGCUCGGAGCAGCGCUGUCCUCGCUGUCUUGGAUCUGGGUGAAGAUUCAGAAACAACAGAGGAUGAAGGUGGAGACCAAUUUGAGACCAAAGACGAAAGUGGGGAUGCUGAGGACCAGGCUGUGCAUACAGUGAUGGACAAAUGUGCAGAAGAUGAUAACAGAAGACAUGGACAUGAGGAUCACUCAAACACAACCAGGAGUCAGUCAGAGGAUUAUUCAAGAGAAUCUCCACCAGAAGUCCUCCCACCCCCAUCCCCAAGACUCGUCAAACGCCCUUCCACCUCUCCAAUGCCAAGUCGCUCUGGUUCAACCACACCUCUCAGCUUGCGAAAGAAAAUUGUGGUGCCAACUGAAUAUCAAGACACAGUGCCUGGAGAAUUUGAAGAAAAGGUUAAGCAGCCAAAAUCUGCAUCCCAGAGUAACACCCAGGACUCCCGUCCACAGACUCCACUAAGUGAGUAUUCCCGGAAAGAAUUUACCCUUAGACCAUCCCCAAAGCUCACCAGGGCAAGCUCAAAGGUUUUUGAGAAGGUCCGUGGUUUAGAGGAGCGGAGACGAAGCCUUGAUAUUCCAGAAGGUUCUAUUUCUGGAAGAUCUUGGGCAGGGUUUAAUCGUGAAGGAUCUGUUGAUUCAGAUGAUGGAGGAAGCCGGUUGGGCAUCUCUAGAGAAAGUUCAAGGGAAGACCUCAGGGAGGCUCUGAAGGAGGAUGCUGCUGAACGGAGAUCUAUGUUUAGACAAAGAGCUGCUUCACUGGAGGAGAAACCUCGCUAUUCCCAAAAAGUUCAGGACAUCGAGAACAAGUUCACAGAGGAGCUCCAGCGAAUUAAGAAACUUGUUGGAAAACCUCAUAUGAAGAAAUCAUUUUCAACCGAACAGCUUACCCUGAAGGGCAAGCAGCGCCAGCCUUUCAGGAAAAUUGAACCUAUUCCUCCUCAAGUCCUCCAAAAGCUUCAAGAAAGGGAACGUGCCCAGUGGGCAAAGGAACAGAGAGAAAAGGAUUUAGGUCAGCAACCAAUGCAGCAUCAACAGCAAACACAGCAAGAACUGCAAAGAUCCCAACCGCAAAAGACAACAAGCACUGGUACAACAACUGUAACAGUCAGUAGAUUUGGAGAGGUUGCAGGAACUCCAGAGUCAAUGCAGUUAUCCGACUUACCUGGACAACGAUCCGUUAGAGAGUUAAGUAGAGUAAGUCCUGUCACCGAAAUCAUUCAGAGAUCAUCAUCACCAGCGUUCUAUCAGCAACAAAGGGAAGAGUCACCAAGCAGAAAUGUUGCGGAGAUGACGUUACGCAAGGUUGAACGAAGGCCACCAAGUCCGCUUGUACAAAGGGUAUCUCGAAUGCAGGAAUCUCCACACAUCCAAGAAUCUCUUUUGCAAACAUCACAAAAGGAUGAAACUUCCGGGAGAAAGACACCAAUAGAAGUAGCUUUAAGAAAAAUUGAAAACAGACCUGAAAGUCCACUGGUACAAAGAAGGGCUGUCAUGCAAGAUCUUCCUCCUCAGCCUCCACCAAAACCUCAAAGGAUAUCACCAGUCACUCCAGUGGAGGAGAAAAUGGAAGUGGAGCUAUCCAGGCCAACUGCUAAGAUGAGUGUUCCUACAAUAAUUGUGGAAGAUGAAAAGAUGGAAGUAGAUGUUCCUGGGAAACCAAGUGAGCCUCAGCAGAUUACUACUAGUGCCAAAGAGGGACAACAACAGAAGACCAAAGGAAAAAACCGUCGCCCUCGACCCAUGUCUCCAGAGUUAGAUUCUUCAGAUGAUUCUUAUGUGUCUGCUGGAGAAGACCCAAUGGAGGCCCCUGUAUUUGAGUUUCCCCUUCAGGACACUGUAGUAUCUGCUGGUGCAGAUGUGCUACUAAAAUGUAUCAUUGCUGGAACCCCCAUUCCUGAAGUUACCUGGACAAAAGACAACACCGACGUCUCUGGAAUUGCAAAUUACACAGUCAAGGUGGAGGGUGAACGACACAGUAUGCUCAUUAAAUCAGCUAAAAUAAGUGAUGGUGGAAAAUACUGUGUAACUGCUGUUAAUCAGAUGGGAAAAGCAUCCAGCAGUGCCACGCUUAUAGUUAAAGCAGUGUCUGUACAAGAGCCUAAAGGAAACCUGGGUGUCCCUAUGGACAUCAGCAGCCCUAUUACAUCUGAUGAGGAGUAUCUCAGUCCCCUGGAGGAAGGCAUGGAUUUUGGAGUGCCAGAGCCAAGGCGAUCUAUUGACACACGAUUCAGGAAACCCCCUGCAUUCCUGGUAACAAUGAAUGAUCAAGCUGUCAUUGAAGGACAGGAAGUCACCAUGUCUGUCCGAAUAAGUGGACAACCCAAACCCAUGCUCUAUUGGCUGAGGGACAGAGUCACAGUGAAAACAGGCCCACGUCAUAUUGUGCGUGAGACAGAGGAUGGCACGUUCGAAAUGACAAUCAAGUCGGCAGUGAGGUCAGACUCUGGGGUUUACACCUGUAAGAUCAUUAAUGAAUAUGGAACAAAGCAGUGCGAAGGAAAGCUGGAGGUAAAAGCUGCACCAGUUGAGCCAGGCCUCGCUGUCAUCCGCCCGGUCAAGGACAUCACAGCCAAGGCUGGAGAGACCGUUUUGUUUGAGUGUCAUGUCAUUGGCCCGAAAGACACCGAUGUGGACUGGCUUGCGGAUGGGAAACUGAUCCAGCCGGCGUUGCUCAACUGCAAGAUGCACUUUGAUGGGAGAAAGUGCCGGCUGCUUCUCAACUCAGUACACGAGGAUGACAGCGGGACAUACGUGUGCAAGCUGAGCACAGCCAAAGAGGAAGUGACCUCAUGUGGCAAACUCAAAGUCAUCCCCUCCAUUGAACCUCUCUUCACUCGCAAGUUGGAUGUUCUGGAGGUGAUAGAGGGUCGAAACGCUCGAUUCGACUGCAAAGUCAGUGGGACGCCAUCUCCUAAGGUCACAUGGAGUCACUUUGACCAUCCGCUCAGAGAAAGCGAGGACGUUCGUAUUCUUCAGGAGGGCGGCCGCCACUCCCUCAUCAUUUCUCACGUGACCAACGAGGAUGAGGGUUUCUACACUGUCAUAGCCCAUAACAGUCAUGGCGAUGCAGAGAGCUCUGCUGAACUGUACAUACAGGAACCCCGGCCAGCCAUCUCUUCACAGAUGGCUAAACUAGAGAAGAUGCCGUCCAUCCCAGAGGAGCCAGAAGUCCCAGAGAAUGAGGUGGAGCGCUUCACCAUGCCAGACUUUAUCAAACCCCUUUACGACCUGGAUGUGAUCGAGGGAAAGGAGGCUGUGCUCAAAUGCAAAGUGGCUGGUUUGCCGUAUCCCACCAUCGUCUGGUUCCACAACGGCAAAAGGAUUGAGAGCACAGAGGACAGAAAGAUGACACAGUUUCGCGACGUCCACAGCCUGGUCAUCCGCUCCGUAUGCCAUGCCCACGGUGGCGUCUACAAGAGUGUCAUCUCUAACAAAGUAGGCAAGGCCACCUGCUAUGCUCAUCUCUAUGUUACAGAUAUCCUCCCUGACCCUCCUGAUGGGACUCCAGUGAUAGAAUCCAUCACUGGCAAAACCAUCACCUUAAGCUGGAAGAAACCAAGGAGGCUGGACCCCUCCAUUGAUCCCACCUCCCUGAUGUAUGCCGUUCAGCAACAAGCCCUGGGCUCCAUCCAGUGGAUCAUCAUAGCCUCCGGCCUAAAGGAGACCACCUACACCAUCACCACCCUCUCCAAAGGUGUGCGCUAUGCCUUCAGGGUCCUGACCAUCACCUCCAAGGCUUUCAGCAAACCCUCUACUGCCACCGACCCAGUGCAGCUCCUGGACCGAGGUCCCUAUCUUCAGGAGGCUCCAGUGAUCAUUGAUAAGCCAGACAUUGUGUAUGUGAUGGAAAACCAGUCGGUCACCAUCACUGUUACGCUCAAUCAUGUCAACGCUGCGGUCAUCUGGAAGAGGAGGGGAGUGGUCCUGGCCAGCAAGCCAGGCCUGUACGAGAUGACGAUGCCGGAUGACGACCAGCACACGCUGAAGCUGCUGAAAGUGAAGAGUGCUGACAUCGGAGAGAUGGUGUUUUUGGCCUCCAACAAGUACGGCAGCGACAGCUGCACCUUCAACGUGGAGAUGGCAGCUCCACCAACAUUUGAAACUAUCAUGGAGGACUUGGAUGUCUGUGCUGGGGAGACCCCUCGCUUUGCUGUGGUUGUUGAGGGCAAACCCAUUCCUGACAUCCUGUGGUUCAAGAAUGAUAUCCUGCUGUCCGAGAGCAGUCAUUACACAUUUGUGUACGAUGAUAAUGAAUGUUCCCUGGUGGUGCUAAAUGCUCAUCCAGAAGACUCCGGGGUGUACACCUGCACUGCCAGGAACUUAGCAGGAUCCGUGUCUUGUAAAGCUGAACUCACCAUUCAUGAAGCUAAAAGUAAAGAGGACCCAGUGGACGAUGAGGGGACUAUUCUGAGGAAAAUGCGCAGGUUGACAGACUACUAUGACAUCUAUAAGGAAAUAGGAAGAGGAGCAUUUUCCUAUGUGAAACGUGUGACCCAGAAGGUAGGCAAAAUGGAGUACGCUGCAAAGUUUAUCUCCACACGGGCCAAGAAGAAGGCCUCUGCUCUGAGAGAGAUGAGCCUGCUUUCCAAGCUGGACCACGAGAGAGUCCUUUACUUUCAUGACGCCUUUGAGAAAAAGAAUGCAGUCAUUAUCAUCACUGAAAUAUGCCAUGAAGAGCUGCUGGACAGAUUUACAAGGAAAUCUACAGUAAUGGAGUCUGAUGUACGGUCAUGUAUAAGACAACUGCUUGAAGGGGUGGACUACCUUCAUCAUCUAAACAUCAUACACCUGGACAUCAAGCCUGAUAACAUCCUCAUGGCAGACCCCCAUGGUGAUCAGAUCCGAAUCUGUGAUUUCGGCAAUGCAGUGGAGAUCAUGCCUGAUGAGGCUCAGUACUGCAAAUAUGGCACACCGGAAUUUGUUGCACCAGAAAUUGUCAAUCAGACCCCUGUGUCAAAAGCAACAGACAUCUGGCCAAUUGGAGUUAUUGCAUAUCUGUGUCUGACAGGAGUUUCUCCAUUCGCUGGGGAGAAUGAUCGCAGUUCUGUGCUGAACAUCAGGAACUAUAAUGUCGCUUUUGAGGAGAGCAUGUUUGCUGACCUUUGCCGGGAGGCCAAAGGGUUCAUCAUAAAACUACUGGUAGCAGACAGGCUGAGACCUGAUACUCAGGAAUGUCUCAGACACCCCUGGUUCAAGACACUUAGCAAGGGGAAGGCGAUAAGUACAGAGGCCCUGAAGAAGUUUGUGUCUCGCAGAAAAUGGCAGCGAUCAUUAAUCAGCUAUAAAUCAAAAAUGGUCAUGAGGUCCAUACCUGAGUUGCUGAACGAUUCCUCCAGCCAUAUCUCCAUUGCAGUUCCCAGGCACCUUAAAGAGGGUUCACCUUUGCCAUCAUCAUCCUCAGACUCUGAUGAAGAUGUUGACGAACUGCCAUUUAUUCCGAUGCCACUUAACAUGGAAUUCUCUGGAUCAAGGAUGUCACUGAACGACAUCCAGACCAAUGAGCAGGAAACAGGGAAGCAGAAUGGAACGAGUAAAUGGUCUGGAUCCCCUGUUCAAGUCCAAGAGGCAAUGGAGUGUGACGCUAAAGAAAUGGAUAAAGAAGGGGUUGAAAUCACAGGUAAAAGCCGCCAGCGGAAAAGGUCAUCACAAGACAAUGACAAGGGUUCCUCAGAUGAAGAACCACCUGCUGAAUUGCCACAAAAGUCAGAGCUGUCUAGAAAACCACUGCGAAGGGGUUCAAGCAUGGAGUCAGACAAACCAGAGGGACGACGAAGAGGAGAGCUCAGACGUGGAGGCUCGGCUGACAGUGCACUGCUGCUCAGGAUUACACCCGAGGAAGAAGCUGGAGAAGGAAACCAGGAGGAUGGCAGGAGAGUGCUGAAGAAAGCUGUCUCGAUGGAACUACCAAGGAGGAGCACCAGCCCAGGAACCGCCAAGAUGAGUCAAGAAGACUACGCUCUUAAACUGGAGCUGAUGAGACAGCGACUGCUUCGUGGUGGCUCGGUGGACAACAAAAUGAGUGGACUGAGAGGACCACUGCUGGAAACGUUAGGAAUGGGAGAUGAAAAACGUGCAAUAUCCUCAGAUCGCUACUCUCGUACUGCUCGUUUGGGCCCAUCGCCGCUAACUAGAGCUGCAUCCAGCGAUUCCCCAAGGGAUGAAGUUCCCAAACCCAAAGUUUUGCGCAAAAGUGCCUCUUUCAGUCAAGGUGAUUCAGAACCCAUAGCUUUACACCGCCGGUCUGGAGCUCCUCUGGAGAUUCCUCUGGCACAGGUAGAAGAGAGAAGGCUUAAGGAAGCUAUAUCAAUGUCCGCUUUAACUGAGCAAACCAAGCUAGACUCUCGUCCAGUGACUCCCAGGGAACCUUCACCAAAACCUCCAACACCAGAGUCUGUUGUGCAGGAGAGUCCUACGAAAACAGAAAGUGAGGAAUCAUUCAUGGAGAGAGAGAUGAAGCCUGAUGAGACAAUAAAUGAUAAAAUGGAUGGGUUGACAACAGAUAGUAAUUUUGAUGAGAGAUCGAGCACAAGUGGUUUCUCAGAGAAGGAUAUGAGCAUAUCAGAAGAACCGAUGAUUGAAUCAGAGUAUUCGGGCCAGAGAGUUCCUACACCUCCUCUUGUGGCCCAAAGCUCUAAACUAGAGGAGAAAAUGGAAGAGGAAGAAGAAGUAGAAAAAGAGAGAGAAGAAAAAGAAGAGAUUAUGAAAGAAGAAGAGGAAAGAAAUGUCAGUGUUUCUGAAUCAAACACUAAAGAAAAUGUAGAGGUUUCUGUAGAAAACAUAGAAGAGAAGGUAAAUGUCCCUGCUAAAUCUUCUGAGAUGAACGUAACCACAAGCUCAGUUAUGAUGAGACCAACACAAGAAUAUUCCCAACCCCCAGGAAAUGUUGUAUCAACUUAUGUAACACCCUCGCUUCCUGCUCGAGUUGUUCUUCCAGAUGGAAGGACUUCAGCGUAUGCCAGUAUUAUGCAGACCAUCAUGGUCCCUUCACUUCAGCCUUUCAGUGACACACCUUUAGGCCCCUCAACACCUGUUGUUGUUCCAGACAUGUCAUCAUCCUCAGUAUCAAAUGAAACACUUGCGCCCACAUCUUCACCUGCCAGCAUAUCCUCUGCUUCGCUUGGUCUGCCAAAGCCAGCCACAGUGUCAACCACUGAGCACCCUGCUGUAUACUCCAGAGUAGCAUCACCGGAAAUGAUCACAAAAGAACCCAGUCCACCAAAAACUACCACACAUUCCUCAUCCCAACAAGAGCUUUCGGCAGGAAUGGACUUCGAGGACAUUACCUCUGAGGAAGUCUUUGAGGCACGCUUCAAAAAACGAGAGUCUUCUCUCUCAAGAAGUCUAAAAUUUUUGUCCAGGUCCAAGAAUGAUGACAAAUCACAAGCAACUUCCUCAGACUCCACAGAGUCAGGUGAGGAGAUAUACAGACCUGGGCCAAUUGGUGCACCUUUGGAAUUAGCGCCAAGGAGACUUGAAGAGAAGUCAAAGUCAGUCCAGGACCUUCGUGAAGCUCAAAAGGACCAAGGAUUCAUGAGAAGACUCUCUAUGCGCCUUAAGAGAACUCCAUCAACUGAACGCAAAGACGAUCUGACCAAAGAAGACGACUCAGCUGCUUCAAGACGAAGGCUGUCUUGGACUCUUGGCCGACGAGGAUCACAAGAAAGGAAGGAAGUGGAGAUGACACGCAUGGAUGGUGGUGGUGACACCUUGGUGGAACAAGAUGAAAAGGAGCUUAAAAAACUUAAUGAAUCACCAGUCUUGGCAAUGCGAAGGAAGAUUGAAUCAACAGUGGCUGGGAUAUCCACCAGAAUUCGUAGCUACUCAGAGGAAAGGAGAGCAUCUGAGGAAAAGGAUCAGAAGAGGACACCCAUCCUUUCCAUGCUUCGUCGUUCAACGUCAGAGAGUCGUGGUUUGAAGGUCGCCAGUGUUCCUCAGAACCAGCUGGCAUCUCAGGCCAGUAAUGGUGCCUCAUCGGAGUCUCUAGACUCGAUGUCCAGCUUAAAGUCGGACACAUCAAAGGGUGUGGAGGCUGAGCGCAGGUCACGCUGGGACAGAUGGGGCCUGACCAGAGGGAGACGAGACAAGACGGUAUCACAACCUGACAUACCAACAGCAAUCUCUAGAGAAAAUAGUUCCUUACGCUCACGCCAAUACUCCAGACUGGCUUCUGAUUUCCCUCCAGUAUUCCACAUCAAGCUGAGAGAUCACGUCCUACUGGAGGGGGAUCCAGUCACACUCAGCUGUCUACCAGCAGGCAGCCCCCACCCACACAUCACCUGGAUGAAAGAUAAGAAGCCCUUGGAGAUUGAUGCCAGGAUGAACUUGAUCGCCUGCCCCGAUGGCCGACAGCUGCUGAUGAUCAUGCAGACAAACAAAAAGGAUGCAGGGGUUUAUGAGUGUGUGGCUACAAACCCCCUGGCCUCUGUGUCCAGUUCUUGCACAAUAUCCCUCGCUCGCCUGCCCAAUCGUCCUGGGACCCCUGAGAUUCCUCAGAAGUACAACAACACAGCGUUGGUACUGUGGAGGCCCUCAGACACCAUGGCCCCCUGUACAUACUCUCUGGAGAGGAGAGCAGAGGGUGAGACUAACUGGCUGAUCGUGGCAACAGGGGUGGCAGACUGUUAUUACAACGUGGUUGACCUGCCAGCUGGGUCCUCCUUCAGGUUCAGGGUGGCAUGUGUCAACAAAGCUGGCCAGGGGGCCUACAGCAACCUGUCAGAAGUAGUGACUCUGGAUGCUUCUGAACCAGCUAAAUCCAGUGCGACUGUGGUGGUUAAGACUGUCCCUGCAACUACUCCUCCUCCACCCGUGGUGAUGAUGUCGUCCAUGAAAGUGCCUCCCAUGAAACCAGCUCCCAGUAAAUCCACCACAGUGACACUUGCCCAACCUGUCCCUCCCCCUCCUUCAACUUCUGCUCCCUCUGUGGCUAAAUCUGCUUCUCCUAUAACCAUCAAACCUGCUGUUCAAGCUGAUGCUAGCCGGCCCGCUGUUACUCCCCCUGUUAGCACAGCCCCGUCUGAACAAGCUCCUGCUCAGACCGCCGCACCUGUCCAAGCCACGCCAGCAAAAGCCAAGACCACCAUUAGCAUCAGCGUGAGCAAACCCCAAGCCAAGUUGGCGCCCCCACCUGCUGUUCCGCCCAAACCUCAGAGUCCUGUAAAUGCAGCCGCUCCUAUAAUCAACAAACCCCCGUCUCCUGUGCCGCCACCUGCUGCACCUGUCAUCGGGAAACCUAUUUCAUCCGUGCCAAUGUAUGUGCCAUCUGCGACUGCACGUGUUACUCCGCCUUCUCAAGCCAGUUCCACUCCAACGACCACCACCGCCGCCUCCCCCUCGGUCACCCCCGUGACCGUCUCGCCACCUGUGGUGGUGGUGCAGAGCUUGACACCUGUGCUGCAGGGAGGGGACAGCCGGAGUACCCCGUCUGGACGGGUCACCCCAUCAGGACGGGUCACACCCUCGGGGCGCAGGACACCGCUGGGCAAGCCUGGUGAGGGAUCUCUGCGUCAAGGAGUCCCACAGAAACCUUACACCUUCAUGGAUGAGAAAGCAAGGGGUCGUUUUGGUGUGAUCCGUGAGUGCCGGGAGAACGCCACAGGCAACCUCUUUAUGGCCAAGAUUGUUCCCUAUGAGGCGGACAGCAAGCAGGCGGUGCUGCAGGAGUACGACAUCCUCAAGUCCCUUCAUCACGACAGGAUCAUGGCCCUGCACGAAGCUUACGUCACACCGCGCUACCUGGUGCUUAUCUCUGAGUACUGCAGCGGGAAGGAGCUGCUCUACAGCCUCAUAGACAGGUUCCGUUACUCCGAGGACGAUGUGGUGACCUACGUCGUGCAGAUCCUCCAGGGUCUGGACUACCUCCAUACCCGACGCAUCCUCCACCUGGACAUCAAGCCAGAGAACAUCAUCAUCACCUACAUGAAUGUCAUCAAGAUCAUAGACUUUGGCAGCGCUCAGACUUACAACCCUCUCUUCCUCAAGCAGUUCAGCCCUCCUAUUGGAACACUGGAGUACAUGUCUCCAGAGAUGUUGAAAGGGGAUGUGGUGGGCCCCCCAGCUGACAUCUGGAGUGUAGGCGUGCUGACUUUCGUCAUGCUGAGUGGCAGGUUGCCUUUCCUGGAAAAUGAUCCUCAGGAGACCGAAGCCAGGAUCCAGGCAGCAAAGUUUGACCUCUCUAAACUCUACCAGAAUGUGUCCCAAAGUGCCUCUCUGUUUCUUAAAAAGAUCCUCUGUAGCUACCCUUGGGCCCGUCCGUCCAUUAAGGACUGCUUCAAUAACUCCUGGCUUCAAGACGCCUACCUGAUGCGCCUUCGCAGGCAGACUCUCACCUUCACAACCACCCGUCUCAAGGAAUUCUUGGCUGACCAGCAGCGCAGGCGAGAGGAGGUGGCCACCAAGCACAAAGUUCUCCUGCGGUCCUACCAGAGCUCGACACAAACCCCCACCACCCCCACCAGCCCCGCCACGCCAAAUGUGCCAACCUCACCCACCACAGCGGUCACCCCGUGAAAACAGGCUUCCAAACAGUUGGUGGUUGACUUGUACGGGUGAAGAUCCUCAGAGUGAAACGAGGGUUUGGGCUGCGAGGUGGCACGGGGAGGGAAGGGGGGAUGUCCCUUCAGGUCUGAGAAGUGGAACUCAUGAAAGUGGUCGUGUUCUACAGAGACAUAGUUUCUUUGUCUUUUUUUUUGGUUCUUAAAAAGAAUCUAAAAGAAUGAUUUCACACCUAAGGAACUCCUACAAAGUUAUCAGAGCCUGACUGCAUUUUUUACAGUGUGGACCUUGUUCAUACAAGGCUGGACGGUGUCUUCAAGUUAGUACCUCAAGGUUUGUAACUUUGCAUACAUUUUGAAAUAAUAAUUGAAUAAAUUAUUUCUUUUCUUAGGGUCUUAGAGGGGACACAUAUUAAUACAUUGUUGUAACCCACCAUGAAAGGCCUGAGUUUUGAUGUGAAAAACCUGGUUUCAUUCACGAGGUUCCAAAAUCACACAAACUCAGCACAACUGCAAAACAAGGACUGCUAAAACAAUGAUGCCUUUUCCACAGUGACACCUUUCCUCUCUCAGUCUAUCAUAGUCUCAUAUUCAAAUGUUUCCUGACGAGCCAAGUGACCACAAGUUCAAUCUAUGAUGUCUAAUUCUGUCCUUCAGUAAAGACGACCUAGGAUGCUAAAUACAGCUCCCCAUUAACUCAACCACUCAAUUACUUUAAUUACAGCAGUGUCAUUUAUGCUACCUGGGUUUUAUACUGCCAUAGCACCUCAAAUGAGUGUCAAGAUUGUAGCAGCUCCAAACAGAACUUUAUUUGGAGUUUAUAAAACAUAUAUCGAGUUCAGAGGAUGCAGUGGAGGGUUCUCUACAAGGGCUAUCAGAAAAGGCACAAAUUUCUUCCCUGAUGUUAUAAAACAUGAUCGUUAUAAUUCUCUCAGUCUCAAAAGCUGAAAUUAUGUUUCUUUGGAAUCUGCUGUUAGAUCAUCAUCUUUGCUCCAAGUCAUGAAAUGGGCAGCGUAAGUGAGUCAGUGCAGAGCUGUCACUGUGUUGGUGCUCGGCAGAAACUAGUUCCUUCACCACAAAUAAGCUAAAGAAAACCAAACAUCUCAUUGGCUUCCAAUUUAACGACACUCUUCCGCUCAGCCCGGUGUCAAGGAUCCAGUUUGAUCAGUCGUGCAGAGAUAUUUACACUCGUCUCUUGAGUUUACUAAAAUGAGGUUUACAAGUUGAGUCAGUUUCUAUUGACGGUGCGUUCAGAGACAAGACCCUCAUUAAAUGUUAGAUCAUUUUGGGGGCGCAGUGGUGAACUGAAUGAGUUUAGAAACCCACUGGUGAUGUUGGGGUGCCUCUAAGUGCCCUUAAAGAGUUAGCAUUAGUCAGCAUUAAAAUAUCCUCUUCAAUUCACUGAGAAAGGAUUUUCUGAGUAAGACAUCGCUGAGUGUAUUUGUUCUUACUUUAAUUAUAAUUUUCAACUGCUGACAGCUCAGCUACUGCUUUCUUUGGUUUUUAUAAACUACAGUUUUUAAAUGGCAGGAUGUUUUAUAAAUAAAGUAAGGUAGGAUUUAAAUUGGUUGUAAUUAGCGUUAAACUUUACAUAAAUGAUUAUUGAUCGUAUUAUUCAUGCACCAUUUUAGUUUCCAGUCUGUGCGAGCAAACAACAACACUGCAGACUGUAUGAAAUAUAAAAUCAGUCCAUACACCUCUAGGAAAAACUGGAUUAAUUGGUUAAUUAAUUAUUAUAUAAGGAAUACUUCCUCUUAUUCCGUGCUUUAUAUAUGAGAUACGUUGAGGUAUAAGUCAAAUAAAAGCCUUUGUUCAUCAUGGAGAGAGUGUAAAUGAGCAGAUACAUGUCUCCUUAACUGGUUGAUAUUCAAACCACUGGAACAGAUCAAUAAUAAAUGUAAUCUAAUCUAAUUACAUCAGUGAUACACUGAUGCUUUAAUUUUAUCCUCAUUAUUUUAUGGUAAAUAAAUGGCUAAGUUGUAUUUUUUUCUGUUAUAUUGCUUUGCCUUGUGAGAGCAAAUUCAGAUUGCAGACCAGCAUGUGAGACAUUUUUUGAUCACGUUGGUGACAUGCUCCGGUAUCGACUACAGAUUUGCAGUUAACACAGUUAGUGUCAUUUCUGUGACAGAUGAGAUCAGUUUUAAAGAACGUGUCAAAGAGUCUCAAGCAGACACCGAUGAGUCUUUUUGGGUGGUAUAAAGCUUAUUAAAGAGUUAUUUUAAUAUGUGUAUUGACUGACAGAGGUUGUUGGUAAUUCUAUGAAAUUAUUUUACUAGUUCUAUAUAUUCUAAUGCUAUUGCUAGAUAACUACUGCCUUUUUCUGCAGCUCUUUGUCUUUUUCCUAUGCAGAGUAGAAGUUAAUCACUAAGGGAGUUGUUUUAAACCUGAAUGAAAACAUGCAAGAUGAGCAUGAGAAUGCAACAUUGCAUAAAAUUCUACAUGUCUGUGCAAUAUAUUAACUCUGUUCUUCAAUCAUAGAAGUUAAACGAUGACUGCUCGUGAGCAGACGACAGGGUUUUGAAGAUGAUGUUGAACGCUCCACAUUUUGUAUUAAAAUCCUAUGGCGUAUGUUGUGGAAUGUGUUGCAGUGCCUCGUGAUGGAUAUUAGACCCACAGAGAAAAUAGUUUGUUAAAUGAACGACUAGUUCUUUAUUUUUGAUUCUAUUAAUGUGACUGCUUUGUGUGUGUGUGUGUGUUUCCCAAUUUCUUUACUUAUUGAGUGACUGUAUUUGUUACAGCUUCUGCUUUUUAUUUUGUGAAAUUUCUGAAUCUGGCAUGGAAAAGGCAUGACAGCUGUUAAGGCUAUGAACAAUAAAGGAAAUGUGACAAAUA